ACGCAGCCAAUCAGCUCCCUCCUCUGCUGCAGUACCUCUCUCUGUGCCCGAUUAUAUUGCAUAGAUCUGCUGUAAUCACAGCUGCACAGAGCCGACAGGAGGAACACAUUCGUCCAAACUACGGGGCUACAUCUGCAGAAAUGUCUCCACAGGCAGAGUUUGAGAAGAUGGCAGUGGACGUGAAGAACGUGAAGACGAGGCCUACGGACCAGGAGCUGCUGGACCUGUACGGCCUGUACAAGCAGUCAGUCGUUGGAGAGAUUAACACCGAAAGACCAGGAAUAACAGAUUUAAAAGGAAAAGCCAAGUGGGACGCCUGGAACUCCAGGAAAGGAAUGUCCAAGGAAGAUGCCAUGUCAGCCUACAUCACACUCGCAAAGGAAAUCAUCAGCAAGUACGGCAUGUAAAGCUUGCAACGCACUAAAGUGGCAGAAUUAAUGCAAAAAAUGACAGUUUCUGAACUAAAUCACUGAAACAAUGCUGCUGUCUCUAUAACAAGUAGCCUUCUGCUGUCAGAGGCCAUAAUGAUGCAGGAUAAAGUGUCAUUUAAAAUUUGCUGUGACUUCUUUUCAUGGACAGUCUUUUUUUUUUUUUAUACAUAGAUUAUUCCCAUUAACUUAUACAACUGAACAACUCCUAUGCAUCCUUUAAGGUUAGAAGUGUAAAACCUGCUGACUGCAAUUAAUUAUGUAGUUUAUUCUUGUAAUCCACACGGGCACAGCAACUUACUGUAUACACUGACACUUUGAUAUGUAGCUUGAUAAUGCAAAACAGGACAAAUUAAUGCUGUCAAAUGUGAAAAUAAAACCUCUUUGUACACUGUU